GCUGCGUUUUGGGCAGUUAUGUUCCAGCGAGAAUUUUGGCAGACAUGUCUCUGGUAGACUAUGCAUCCUCCUCUGACGACGACGUUUCAGACUCCGAACAUGAGCUACCACAACGCCGCCCUGAACCACCACCAGCUCCACAACCGCAGCGACCUCCUUCCCCGCCUAAAACCUUGUGUUAAUUUAACUCUCAGACCAUCUGGGUCGUCGGCGAAUCAGAAGCCAGAAUCCCUAGAGAAACUCCCGGAUGCUUCGAUGCUUUUGAACUCUUCGGCUUUUCUGUUUACGAGCGGCAACGACCAUGCAUCUAUGGUAGCGGCGGCGAUGGCGGACAAUAUGUCACGUAAGCGAGACUCCAAGGGAAUGAUGGGGUCGGGCUCUAGCAAUAGCGUGACACCGCUACCGAGGGCUAAACUUCCGAGAGCUACCUUAACUCAUUCCAAGAACGUUCCAGAUACCGGCGGUGGAACCCUUGUUCCCCCUCAGCUCAGAGGAAGGAGUAAUGUGGUCACUGAAGAUAUCAGCAAGCUAUUUGUAAGCAGACAUGCUGUUGCACAGCCCAGAGGACCUGAAAAUGAGUAAUGGUUUAUUUUAUCCUGGAAGAAUGCUUUUUAGUUUAGACAAGCUGAAAAUAGAUGGAUAUUUUGAGGAUUUUGACUUCGUAUAAAUAUAAAGUGGCUAAUUGUUUAAAUCAACUUUAGCUUUUAUGAUAGGUUUUCAGGACAACUUGACAAACUUGUGGAAGUGAGUAGUUUGAGUGCAUUGUCACUCCACUGGAUUUCAUGUGCGUGAAUGUUUUCUUAGCAAUGCAU